AUGAUCUUGAUCAUUUAUUUUCUCUUACCUACUAUAAGCAAAGCAAUUUAAUCCUAUUUCGUUAAGUAUGGUGAGGUUAAGACCUUAUUUAAAGUAAUGGAAGCAUUAGAAGCCUAACUUAUUUUGAUUGAGUAUUGAUUAAAUUUAAUCUAGUGAUGAGAAUAAAUUAAUCACUAACUCAUAGUUCUGCUUUCUAUAAAAUCGAACUUUAUUCGCAGAAGGCUAAACCUUUUAAUUGCCAAAUUAUGAAUUGGAUCCUUUUUUUGAAAACUCUGAUCUCUUAAUUGAUGUUUUUAUUUAAGGAAAUAGUGAAAUUUAUGGAUUAACUAUAAAUAAUCGUCUUUUUCAUGCCAAUCUAAAAAACAAAUUCACAAAACUUUAUGAUCUUAAUUUAACUAAUGAUUAAAAUUCUAUACCUCAACUUAUUGCUUCCUCUGAAAAUCUUAUUUUAGCUUCUGCUAAUAAUGCUUACUAUUUAGAUUUUAGAAAUCUAGAAAAUAAAGGCAAGAUUUAGAAUUGGCAGAGUAGACAAAUCAGAUAUUACUCUGAAAUUAUCGAUAACUAUAUAUUUUCAGCUAUCGGAUAAGAUGGUUUAGAAAUUUAUUUUAUAAAUCAGGACUAUUUAUCUUAUAGAUUAGAUUAAUAAUCUAUUGGAUUAUUGGCAGUGGAUUUUAGAGAUUUUUCUAUUGUUAAAAUUAAUGGUACAAAUUAUUUUAUAUACAUUCUAUGUAAGAUUAAUGGUGUUAUCAUUAUUGAAUUAGCAAUAUAAAAUGAAAAAAUCUUAAGUAAAUUAAUCUUGAAAAACAUUGGUUCUAAAACUGAUGGAAUUGCUCUUACUAUGAGUUUUAAUGAAGCUCUCUUUGUUGCUUAUAAAACAAAAAAUUAAUACUAUGUGAUUCAAUUUAAUAUUGAACUCAUUAGUAAAAAAUGGGGUUCUGUAGCUAGAUUCAACAUUUCUCAUAAAAUUGUUGAUAUUGAUGUUAAUGAUUAAUAUAUUCUCGUGUAGGGAACUCACACUCAUUUUCUAGUUUAUUAUUUGAAUAAAUAGGAUAUGAUUCCUUUUAAAUUAACUUCUGUAUAGCAAUUUGUUUUAUUUGAUAAUUACAUCUAUGGAACAACAUCAAAAAAUUUAUUUUAAUUUCUACCAAAAAUAUAGCCCAUUUAAAUUAAGUGCUUUAUUGAUUGUAAUUUUAUUUUAUAGAAAUUUUAGCUGAUUUAAAAUAAAUUGAAUAAAAAUAUAAAUUAAUGUAUCGAACUAAUUAAGGUUGGAAAUAAAAAGAAUUUAAAGUUAACUUUAAUAAAAAAUCUUUUAAUAUUUCUAAUAACUUUAUAUUUUUCGUUUUAUUACUCUUUUUGAUAUCAAUACUUUUUUUUAUAGCUUAUCGUUUAUAUCAAAAUUAAAGAGAAAUUUUAACAGAAAGUUAAAUACUAGAAUAAAAAAUUAGAUCUUUACCUUAAAAUAGAGCUUCUAAAUUAUUGAUGCCUCAUACUUUUAGAGCUGUUCAACCAAAUGCUGAAACCAGACUUCAUACCAAUGAUUUUUCAGAUGAAAAUACUAUUGUUUAGAAAAAUAAGAAAAUUUUUUGA